AUGACGGAGAAGUUUGAGGUCAUCAUAACGAAGGAGGAGACAUGUGUAAAGCGCCAUGAGGUGAAGGAGUCAAAGACGACGAAGGGGUUUAGCAAGUUCAUGGAGAUACAAGAGAAGAAUCUUGAGAUCAAGGUUGCUUCCAAUGACUCCAAGAUGUUGUUUGUGAAGAUGUUGGAUUAUGAUCCUGAUGUGACGAAGAUUGUCCUAGCCUAG